CACGUCCAAGGCGUGAGAAGCGUGGCAACGUCUAUAUUACUGGGCCGAGUUGGUCGUGUAAGGGUUAGCUAGACCGAGCCGAGAAAGUAUAAAGGAUACAACUGAGGCAAUUGUAAGGACAUCGAAAAAUAGAGAACAAAAUAUCAGCUCGUUGCCAUCACGUGACCUUCUUCCCCAUGUCUCCAAUCUCCGCUGCUUCCCCUGUUUCCUGCUCUAUAGACUUCUAGAAGGUGCUAAUACCUUCCCCGCACGCCCUCCGCCUCCCCGCUGUACUUCCCGGCGCUCGAGCUCGUCGACGUCUACAACAAUAACCUGUCCGGCCGCUCCCGCCCCUGAGCGCGCCGCACGCGCGCUCCCUCCGCUACCUCCACCUCGGCGGGAACUACUUCAACGGCUCCAUCCCGGACUCCUUCGAGUACCUGGGGCUCAACGGCAACGCGCUGUCGGGCCGGGUCCCGCCCUCAGCUCGCUCUCCCGCCUCUCGCGCCUCCGGGAGAUGUACAUCGGCUACUACAACCAGUACAGCGGCGGGGUCCCGCUCCCGCGCGAGUUCGGCGCCCUCCAGUCGCUCGUCCGCCUCGACAUGAGCAGCUGCGCGCUCACGGGGCCCAUCCCGCCGGAGCUCGCGCGCCUGUCCCGCCUCGACACGCUCUUCCUCGCCAUGAACCAGCUCACCGGGGACAUACCGCCGGAGCUCGGCGCCCUCACCAGCCUCCAGUCGCUCGACAUCUCCAUCAACGACCUCGCCGGCGAGAUACCCGCCACGUUCGCCGGCCUCACAAACCUCACACUGCUCAACCUCUUCCGGAACCACCUCCGCGGCGAGAUACCGGACUUCAUCGGUGACUUCCCGUUCCUCGAGGUGCUGCAGGUGUGGGACAACAACCUCACCGCGCUCGGGUAAUCAGUGUGGAGUCUGCUUCUAGUAUGUAGGCUUCUCAAGGGAAAGGUGGAGAUGUUCCUAAAGUUGAAAACGGCAGGUUGCAACACCAAAAGGCUCAAGAAUAUAAUAAGAACAGAGAGUGAGAGAGAGAUUGAUAGGAGGGGAAGAUGGUUUCAUUUAGAUAAAACUCAGAAUAUGUGACGUGACAUUCUUAAAAACAUUGUACUUGGAAUAGCCUAACAGCUUCACACAUCUAGUUUCAAUUUUUAUUGGAUCAAAUAUUUUAAAAUUUAAUAGUGUUUUGUUUUAGCAGUAAAUGAUGUUUUCGUGGACAACAAGACAUUUAUGUUGACUUAGUCAAACUUGAGGAUUUGUUGAUCUA